AUGUCAUCCGACGCGCAGGUACCGAAACCUGCAUCCGCUCCUAGGUCACGAAUGCUGGAGGGCGUGAUCCUGGGUGCGGGACUUGCUCUUGCACUGUCAAACUACGUCUACACGCAGAAUGGGAGCGUAAGCCUCGAUGGAGCGAAUGUUGGUCAUGGCGGUAACGAGGCCCGCGCCCGCCCGGCGAAGACAACCAAUCACGACGAACUUCCGGAGCCUCCUGGGUCGCACCAGUACGCCUCGAAAGAGGAGGUACAGCAGGCGAUCGAAGAGCUGCGCAAGGCCCUGCCGGGGGAGGACGCUAUCAUGACUGAUCUGGACACGCUCACGACGUACGGUCACUCUGACAACUCGUACCACCCGACGUCCCCACACUCUGUUGUGGUCCGCCCACAAAGCACAGAGGACGUGGUGAAGAUCGUCAACAUAGCGCGCCAGUACCGUGUUCCUAUUGUUCCCUACAGUGGCGCUACGAGUCUCGAGGGUCAUUUCUCUGGGUAUCCCUCGGGGGACAUCUGCAUAGAUAUGUCAGGAAUGGACAAGAUUAUCGAGAUCCACGAGGGUGACGGCGAUGUGGUGGUUCAAGCCGGCGUUCCCUGGGAAGAGCUUAACCGGACACUGAAAGACAAGGGUAUCCCAUUAUUCUUCCCGCUUGACCCGGGUCCUGGAGCGACCAUCGGCGGAAUGAUUGGUACAGGAUGCUCAGGGACGAACGCCGUCCGGUACGGAACUGCGAAGGGCGAAUGGUUCCUCAACAUAACUGCAGUCCUGCCGAACGGAAAGGUGAUCAAGACGCGUCGGAGGGCACGCAAGUCGUCCGCCGGCUUCGACCUGACCAAGAUAUUCAUCGGCGCCGAGGGCACAUUGGGAAUCGUUACGGAAGCUACUCUCCGACUGGCACCGGUGGUGCCCACGAGAGUUGCCAUGGCGCAAUUCCCUGACAUCCAGCACGCGGUAAGUGCGGUCCAGGAGAUCCUCAACAGCCCGAACGGUCCGCAUCUCCAAUGCAUCGAGCUCCUCGAUGACAAGAUGAUGGCCGCGAUCAACACCGCCGGCGAAGUCUCGCGCAAGCUGCCCAUCAGCGAUACGCUCUUUUUCAAAAUCCAGGGCUCGGAGGACGCGAUUGGCGCGACCGCCGCGGCGGUGCGCGAGACGACGGCGAAGCACGGCAGCACGCGCUUUGAGUUCGCGCAGACGGACGAGGAGGCGGAGGAGCUCUGGGAGAGCAGGAAGUACGCGCUGAUCAGCACGAUCGGCAGCGAGCCCGGGGCGCGGUGCUGGACGACUGAUGUCUGCGUACCGCCGUCGAAGUUGCCGCAGCUUGUGUCUGAGACGAAGAAGGAUUUGGCGGAUAACAACCUCAGGUCCACCAUCGUUGGCCAUGUCGGAGACGGUAACUUCCACGCGUUGAUCUUGUUCAAGGACGACAAAGAGCUGCAUGCCGUCAGUGACGCCGUGCACCGACUUGUACGCCGUGCGAUACGGAUGGACGGUACAUGUACGGGUGAACACGGUGUUGGUGUCGGCAAGAAAGAGUACUUGGUCGAGGAACUCGGCGCAGACACAGUUGAGCUGAUGAAGACCAUCAAGAGGGCGAUCGACCCGCUGAAUAUCAUGAACCCAAGCAAGCUCUAUCCUGACACCGAUGACAAGUCUAAGAGUACUACUACCGGUCAUUAG